AUGGUAUCCCCAUUCCCCCCAUCCACCUCCGAAGCAGGGGAAGGCCGCUUGGUUGCGGAACUAUCGCCACAAAAGACCUCCACUCUAUCAACCGUAGCUUUCCAGUAUCCUCUGAAACUUAUCUCCCCAUCGAUAUCUCCCAAUCAGAAAAGCGUUCUUGUGUUCCUGCUAUCCUACGGUGGGGGUUUGGUUGCAGGGGACCAAAUUCAUCUGACCAUCAUCGUUAAAAAAUCUGCAAAAUUGAGUAUAGUCACGCAAGGCCAUACAAAAAUCUUCAAAUGCCCAUCUCCAGAGGUCAUCACCCGACAAAAGCUUCACGUGUCAAUUGCUGAAGAGGCGGCUUUGUGUCUACUUCCCGAUCCGGUACAGCCUUUCGGAAGCAGUAUCUAUGAGCAGUCGCAAGUGUUCGUCGUGGCUGAGAGUGGAUCUCUCUGUCUACUAGACUGGGUGUCUGAGGGACGAACUGCCAGGGGGGAAAGCUGGGAUCUUUGGAGCUGGAGUGGACGCAACGAGGUGUGGUCAUCAUCACAGCUAGGCAAAAAGUCAAGGCUUUUGGUGCGAGAUAAAGUGGUAUUGGGUGCAAAAUCCGUGAAUGGGCAAGAAAAGACACUGAAGAGAGAGAUGCAUGGCUUGCAGAUAUUUGGUACACUGGUGCUCAAGGGACCACUUCUGGAACCCCUAGCCGCGUUCUUCUUGAAAGAAUUCUCGGCCUUGCCUCGAAUUGGUGGUCGGGAUUUCCGAUCCCAGGAUAUGAAAGACAAGGAUAAUACGCUUGUUUUAUCCUCUCAAGAGGUUUGGAGGAGAGAUAGGCUCCAGCAAGAAGUUUCUGAUGGAGUGCUAUGGUCAGCUGCAAAAGUCCGCGGCUGUACUAUUAUAAAAUUUGGAGCCCGCUCAGUUGAAUCUGGUCGGUUGUGGAUUGGAGAUAUCAUUCGGGAGGAAGGUUCUGUCUCACGAUGUUUUGGAGAGGAUGCUACUAUGUGUCUACGUUGA